CGGCGCCUCAGUUUGCUCGCGCUGCCCGCGCAGCUCACUCGUGUGUUCAAGUUCUCGCUGUUGCAAACGUAAACCGACUUUCCGAUACGAAUUUGGAACGUUUCCGACCGGUAAAGUCGGUUUAACUGUCGCUUUUAGGCGAACAAUUUUGCGACCGCCUAAAUUUCGCAUUGCGAUUGGCAGUGCGAUUGCUUCACUCUGUUACGCUGCCGUCUUAACAGAUAACUGUGAAGAAACGUGUGCAAGCUUUGUGUGUUGCGGAGUCGGCAGAAGUCGGCAGAUUGUGCUUUAUCAGUGCUGUGGAAUGGAUGUGUUUUGUGGAAAGUGCUAAUUUUGUUUGGUUCGAGACUUGCGAUACGUUUCACUGAACGCGAUACAAAAAGUGGUUUUGUUAUCGAGUUCAUGUGACUACCGGAGUAUUGAUACGCUGUGCUUUCCCCCUGUCCAGAGCUUGAUUUAUGGACCGACCGGCAAAAAUCAACGCGGCAAAAGAAAGCAGAACCGCCAACCAAAAUGUGACCACCGAAAAAGUAACCAAAACAACAAGCACCCUUCAAAUUCAUGAGUCCUGCAAGAUUACAUGAUCCAAUCAAUAUUUAUUGUACUUAUUAACUUUAGAAAACGAAUCUAGUCGCCAUAGCACUAUUUAAACGAAGCAAUUUAGACUUUAUUACUAGAACAAUACGGUUGAACAUCGUAUUGAAGUACAAAGAUUAAGGAAUUGAAGAGACAGUACAAACGACUCGUGGGGCCCUAAUGUUGAUUUACUAGUAAAUUGAUGUAUUAGAAGUUCCCUGAGAUAAAACGAUCAAGAUGUCCACAAGUUUCGAACACUCUUCAAUGAAGAGUAGCUUCUCGUUGUCAUCUUUGAGGAGCGCGCCCGCGCCGCCUGGCGGCCGCUGCGAUCAACUCGAGCGGCCCUACCAUAGUCUCACUAAAAAGAGAAAGGAGCCAUGCCGCGAAGCGUGGCGUCGGAGCUGGGGGUCCGCAGCGAGCGGCGGCAGCGCCGGAGACGACCUGUGGCCGCUGCUGCAGCACCACUACGACUAUAUCAUGGACAACCAGAUCAUUGAUAGUUGCAAGGAAGCAAACGGCGAACUCCUCCACAGUUCAGUCCAGUGUCCGCGGCUCCUAAACCCGACAGCUGGGUUCAACCGCCAGUGGUCGCUGAGCCAGUUGGUGGCCGAGUUCAACGAGCUCUGCCAGUGGCUCAGCCAAGUACAGGAGGAGAUCUAUUCUAGUCCCGAGAACUUGUCCAGUAGGAAGCUGAGGGUGAGUCGUAUGACGGAGCUGGUGUCAGUGGAACCGCGCCGCGCCAAGUUCAUCGAGCAGGCCACCGCUAUACUCGAACGUAUACCAGAAGCCAGUGCUGAAGUGACGUGGCGAAUAGAACAUUUGAAUGUGAAGUGGGAAGGUCUCCGGCUGCUACUUAGUCCUGAGCAGCAGCAUCGAGAGGGAGACAGUUCUGACACAGUUGACACAGCUCACGAGUUAAGAUGCCUGCGUCGCUGGCUGCACUGCAUGGAAGGCCGCCUGCCGCCGCCGUCACUCGCCGCAGCCCGGGGAGCUAACUACCACGACCUGCUGAGGAAACUCAGUGAACAUAAGGUAUUACAACGCGACGUGGAAUGCCACGGUCGGAUCGUGAGCUCGGUGGUGAGGCUCUGCGGUGGAGGAGACGCGGCGCGUGCGCUUGAACGUCGUUGGCAUCUGCUGUACCUGCGGGCGAUUGAGUGGCAGUGCCAUUUGGAAGCCUGUUUGGCUAGGAUCGAUAAUCAGGGCUGUUUGUCAGUGGAAGCUGCGAGUGACAGUGACGACGAGCCAGCACUGAAGCAGCCGAGGCUCAGCAAGAAGGGUUCGCCACGAAGACAGAGGACCCCGGUCAAUGCGCGACGAAGGGAUAGUUCGCUGGAUAGCAGACAGUCUGCGUCUGAGGAGGAACAAGAAUAUGUGCUAACGUACACUUGGCGAGGCUUCGGGUCGGAUUGCGAGUCGGAGUUGGAGCGCUCGCGCUGUUCCAAGAUGGCGGACGAGAGGCGCGUGCCCGGUGCUUGUGAUGUCACCGCGCGGACCACUGACCAGACCGUGCCCGCUACUGAUCAUGUCGAUGGCCUCGAAGUACACAACGUCGGCAUCGAAGGAAAAUUGAAAACUCCGCCGACAGUAAUUAAAAGAAAGAAGCCAGUUGACACGUCGAAAUUUAAUCAAACAGAUCGAAAAUCGAAACAUUUGGCCACAUUCUACUUCAGGCACCACGACACAGAUUCGGACAGACAGAUGAUUGAAACAGAGAAGUCACAAGAAGAAUCUUCAGAAGAAGAAUGGACUUACGUUGGUGGUGCUAAAAUUGGUAACGAGGACUCCACAGAUUUAAUGACGUCAUCAGUUGAAAUACAGUGCGAAUUACCCUUGGAUGAAAAGAAAGAAAAACCACCGUCGCCAAAACCGAAAUUAGAGUCAUCAACACCGGAUUUAUUGAGAGUGGAAAGGUCCAAAGAUAUAGUGAGGUUAGUGAACCAAGCAGAGGAAUUGGUGCAGAAACAAGCGCUGUCGAAAAAGAAGGGUUCGAGGAGUUUUAAGCCGCUGUCGUUUGAAGAGGAGGGAAAGAAUGUUAGUAGAAACAAAAUGUCCAGGAUCAAGGAAUGGUUGAAUCAGAGCUCGGAAGGCAAGAAUGAUAAUAAUCAGUGCACAGAAAGCUACGAUGCUUCAGGGGAAUACACAACUGAAAGUGAAGUGGACACCUCCCUGACAUCCGAAGAACGAAACAUCCACUCAUCCAUGGACAUGAGCACUUCUACUUGCACCGUAACUCCCACACACCAUGCCAAGGUGACACUGCGCAAGAAGCGGGCUGGCAACAGCGCACGGCCGUGGUCGGUGUCAUGUUUGUCGCAGCUGAGCGGCGCCGGCACCUCGCUCGCGGCCACGCCCACCGCGGGCGACGUUGCCGCUAUGUCGCACAACAUGUCUAUAUCUGAAUCUGCUUUGAACACCCUCGCGUCUCCUCAGAGGGUGACGCCUUCUAACUCAAACUCAAAGCUUCGUGGAAGUUCUACUACGGUUCAGGGUCACGUCUCAAGUACGAACACGAUGACAGAAGCCUGCACGUCUUGCGUGGAGGCUGGCGACAAACACGGCUGGCUCCGGCGCAAGAGGCUCAAACUUCGCAGAAAUAAUACCGCCGUGAGGAGGGGAGAGAGGCUUGUGAAGUCCCUCUCCUUCUGCGGCAGGUUGAGCCCUGAGAUUGAGGACAAGCACGAGAGAAGUGCUGCCAGUGACCCCGCUACAAGUAGGAAGAGCAGGUUCGACACAACAUCAACAUCAGGCAACGACAGCGACGAGGAACUUAUAAAGCAACAACUCGCCACCAUCGCCCACCUGCGCAAGAGCAUCGAAAAGACCCACAUAUCGACCCGGGAACCCGACAGUGCCAUUCCAGAGCAAAAUGAGGCCGAACCAGUGGCCCCGAGCUUCAAACUAGGCCCUGCUGGAGGCCCAGUAAGGCCCCGACUAGCUAGAAGCCUAGAAAGAGAAAGGAACUUCAUAGCUCUAAGUUUAGGAGACCCCAGUCGGUUGUGGGACUUAUCUAUAGACAAGGACUCAGAUAUAGACAAAAGUGUGACCGCAGGCACUGAAGAGCAUAGCUCGUUUUCGGAGCAAGCGUGGGAUUUCUAUCAGGAAAAGUACAACUCGGAACCAUAUUCAGAAGCUCCCGAUUCGGAUGCAGCGCGUCGUCUCCUAGAGUUCGGCGAUGACUACCGAGCCUUCCUGGACUCGCAGUCCGACUGCUGUUCCAGCCUGUCAGCGCAGCCCGAGAACGACCAGAGCCCGAGCGGCACCCGCCGGCGCCGUCCCCCCUCCGACGUGUCGCGAGAGCGCAGCCUCCCUCGGUACAAGCGGCCCACCAGAAACUCGCCCAUAGAAACACCCUCCAGAAAACCGAAAAAGUCCAUGUCCAGCGCCGAACGCAAAAAGUCCCUCCUCGACAGUCUAGAACGAUCUAGAAACAACACUAGCAUCGAAAGCAGCGAAGGCGUUCGACGCCGCAAACCGUCAGAGAGCGAACGCAAAAACAGCAAGCGAUCGCCCGAGUUCGAUUUGCUCAACGUGCAGGCUCUGAGCCGCAGACGGCACAGCUCGAACUUGACCAGCGAUGAGAUCAACAGCUCGUUGGAGUAUACUGAAGUGAACAACCGGCCGGACAUACUGGACUCGCUGAGCAGACGGAGGAGGACGGACAAGGACGGGGAGUCGGAGUUGCAGAAGAUCGCGCUGUCGGAGCUGCGGCGGCGGUCGACGGAGAGCGCGGACUCGGAGGGCGAGUCGUCGAGCCCGGUGAAGCGGCGCUGGGGCGAGUCGGACUCGGAGGCGGAGGGCGCGCGGGCGCUGCUGCGGCGCUCGGGCGCGGCGCUGGACGCGGCGGAGGCGCAGCUGGCGCGCCACGACGCCUCGCCCGACCUGCUGCGCGCGUUCGACUACACGGAGAUCGUCACUCGGUGCCGGGAAAAUAUCAACCUAUUAGAUGCGGCCCUGGCUGGCGGCACGCUUUCUACCACUUUGCAACGAGACGUUAGAGCUCUUCAUUACAUAGUGUGGUGUGAAAGUGAUGUAUUGAAGGAACCCUGUUCAUUAUAUCACAGUGAUACUGUUGCCAAAAUGAACUUAUCUGCGACAUCUACCGCUACCGCGAACAAUGAGGAAGUCGCGGUAUCAGCAAGAUGGUCAGCUCUUCGCGCGGCGGCAACCAGACGCGGUGGUGCAAGACGCCUGCGCAGGGAAAUGGCGGCGCUCCGGGAGACACUCGACGAUAUAUGCGAGCCCGGAGACUGCGCCCCUCAGCCACAUACCAGAGCUCAGCUGCAUAGGAGGAUUGAGGAGUUGAAGGAGCGUCUAUCCCGCCUGCUAGAAUGCAAGGUAUCCAUGUUGAAACUGACCGUGUCAGUGCGCCGUGCUCUGGGAGACAUGGAGAAUGAUGACGGAGGCCUUGGUGCUGAUCUUGCAGCUUUGUUGUCUGCGUGGGAUGAUGCUCAUCAACGAACUUCAAACGAGCUUCUGUCUUUGGAAAAAGCAGUCUGCGCUUGGGCAGAAUGGGAGAGUGCUCUUCGGGAGCUCCAAGGUGCUUUGAGAGGAGACCUGGCGACUUUGGAAGCCUUGAGGGACCGUGGUGCCAUUACUGGGGACCAGACCGAAGUCGCCGCUCAGAUAAGGCAACUGGCCGCGUCUCUUGUGGAUAAGAAGAAGGGUGGUUCAACAUGCGACUCGCUCUCCGACUCCGGUAUAUCGGACGGCGACAGCGAGGGCGCCGGGCGCCGCGCGCGACGGCUGAGCGCCUUGCGAGAGCUCGCCAGGCGCCUGCAGGCUGCGUUGGCGCCGAAUUCACCGGCUCAGAGGGCUAUUGCUAAGCGUAUGGAGCAAACAGAAAACGAAGUGCGUACACUACAAGAAUCUUGUCGUGCUUUAGUUGAGCUCAGCAUUCCUGAUCUGAAGAUUGAGGAGGAAACCAGGGACAACAGCAUUGCCGCAGUUGCCGGCAGCAAAACAGGGUCUGGCGACCCCGACUACAGUCCCCGAGGAGGUUGGGUGUGGCGAGUUCUCCGGUCUUCACUGCCCAUACAGUUGUGUCUCGUGGCUCUACUCCUGGCCGCCUGGCUGGUCGAGAGGCCUCGUUGUUGCGACGCCCUCAACUCCCUCGCUCAAACACUCACCCCACAGCUCCGCUACGUGCGAGGACCUCCCCCAGUCUGAACCACUAAACGUGUAAAUCCACGUGACAAUCACUAGCUAGCUAGCUAAAGGUUUCAGUAUUCAGCACGCCUUUUCGUGCUAACGCCAAUUUGAAGUAUUCAAACGGCUUGGAAUUAUGACGGUUUUUUGAAUGUAGAACGAGUACGUUCGGCUAUGACGAAAGUCAGGAUUGCGUGAAGCAAUAAUUUUUAUUAUUUUACUAACAUUUUGACUAGACAAUGGUUAGAAUGAGUAAAGGUUUUGAUUGACGUUGUUACUAACAUAGAAACGUAUCUAUGGAGAAUUCCAGAAUGACGUACUGACAUGUAGGAGUAACCAAGUUAUGAUUAUGUUUAACAUGAAGAUUUUUAAACUACAUAGAUGUGACCGAAAUAUUGGAAUGACUAACGUUUAGCAAGAUGAAGUUAAUUAAGAUCUAUUCGCAUUAUUAGACAUUUUAAUUGCUCACAGCAAAAAAAAGUUCAAAUAGAAAAAGUGUUCCAAAAAAAUAAUAAAUCAUCUGUAUCAGAUGAAGUUCAAAAUAGUUAGUCUAUAUUUUAGUAAUAAUGUACUAACAUUGACAAACGUUUCUUAAGUUUGUAUGUAGAGUAGAAGCAUGCCUAUUUUAGUACAAUUAUUUGAUAGAUUACUUAAAAUAGGUGAGAAUGCGCUGUGUGACAGAUAUUCUGCUGAAAACAAUAUUUUUCAAUAAAAAUAGAUUUUUAAUGACUUUUUCAUGAGUUCACGUGACCAGGCAUGAGUUUUGGUGGGUUAUUCUGGUUUAUAUGUGAGAGAUAUUAUUAUAUACCUAGUGUAUAUUUAUAUAAUAUUUUAUAAUCAAUGCAGACUACCUUUGAUAGUCCUGCAACAGAGCAACCGCACUAAAUCAUUCACUGGCUGGUAUAAAAAAACGGGGACCAUAGAGGCUAGCUUUAUUUGACAUUUUUAAUACUAUCCAUUGCUUGGGAGAAGAACUUAAAACCUUUCCCAAAGAUGAAAAAAAACAAGUCAAAUUAAGCAAGCAGGCUUAUUAUAAGUUCAUGUUUAAGGCCCCAACUUAAGUCAGCUCAAUGAAAAAGUCACUAAAAAUCUAACAUUUAAGACAACGACAACUUAUUUCUUCCUCGAAAUAGAAUUAUCAGUUCUCAUUUUAAUGAGUUAUCGUCGUGGCCUUACCUGAAAAAUAUUUAUAAAGACUGAUAAACUAGUGUUUCAAUUUAACAAACAUUUGAUUCAAUACAUAUCUAUAAUUCUUAGUACUUUUAUUGUGUCAAUCACGAAAAACCAUGAAUCUAAAUAGCAAAUACAUUUUCAUUUUCACUGUUUUCUGGUGGCAUAUACAAAAAAUAGUAAUUGUUCCGUGCAAAUAACUAUUUGCGUACAAAUGACAGCAGAUCAACCUACCUCCAACUGACAAAUUUCUUCAAUAGAUUUUCAACCUUAUCACAAUAGAGGAAGGUUAACGUUUGAUUGAUAAAAUUUGACAGAUUGGGGUAGGUUGAUCUGCUAGUGUAUGUACAUUGUAUAGUGAAUAUUACGACCCUUGAUUAUAAAUCAUGAAAACAAUAUGAAUCAUUUUCAAAUCUUAUUUUAUUAAUAAUUUCGUCAAUUUAAUUCUCAUCAAUCACUAUCCAAAUAUUAUUAUCGAAUACCAUUGAAUAAAUUAUGAUGUGCCUGAUUAAAUAAAAAUAUUAUUCAUUGUUAUUGAUUUUCUGUUUUAUAAUUAAAUAUUUAGUUUUUAAAUAUGUGUAACUAUUUAUUGUAUUGUCAAUUAUUUGUUGAUUUAUUUUUAAAUAACUAUAUUAUGUCAAUUAUAAUACUUUUCCCCUUUUAGCCAUGAAUUUUCUAGGACAUUUUAAUAUUAUUAUUAAAUGUUUAUAUACUUUUUAUUUUUCUCAAAUAUACUUCUUCUCAAAAUCUAGGCAGACUGUAUUCAGUCUGAAUAUUCAAUUUAAUAAUACGUAAACGUAAACAUACUUUAUUGUUUUUCUUUACGUACCGGUUUACACAUUUUUUCUACCAAUUAACAUAAUUUAUUGCGUGGGCAACACUUGCUCAUAAUAUGUUGCUCAGACAUUAUAAUUAACUGCCCAUGAUUCGGCAAUUUGUUUGCAGCCUUACAUAAAUAUACACUACAGUAUUUUAUCCAAAAUUUGUAGGUAGCAAUUAAUGAAGUAGAGUAGAAACUAGCAACUGUCUCUCUAACGGUUAAAAUAUCCCAAUUUUAGCUCAAAAUGUACCUUCUGAAAAUAUUGUAAAAACAUUUAAUGGUUGAUCUGAAAGAGAUAAACUUUAUCAUAUUUUAAUCAGAACUAAAUUGGAAUUUUAGUAUUCCUGAUUUUUUGUCAUUUGGUCUAUGUACUAAAAUUGUUAUGCUUUCGAUGUGUGAGCCAAGUCCUUACAGGACAGAUGUAAUGUAAAAUGCCUUAGCCUUGCGUAUGACUGUCUUGUGUGGCGCAUUCUUAUAACGAAUGUAUAAUUAGUAUGUAAUUAAGUACACUCUCCCUGUGGUUUGCUAAAAAACGCUUUUUUGAAUUGUUUUUAUCCCAUCGGGUAACUAGUAUUUUGAAAUUUUAUUAUUGUAAAAAAAACCACAGCGAAAGUACUUCCAACAUUCUAUAAUUUUCUUAAUAAGGCAGUCAGUGCCCCUAGUAGUGUGUCAUAUUUCUUUUAAUUUUUAUAAUUUAGUGUAUAACUAGAUAAUUGGAAGAAAAUAGACAUGCGACGGAAAUGCAUUUAAUUUUUUCUUUCUUCGGAAGGGCUCGAGAGCGUAUAAUUAAUAACGAUUGCAUUAUGAUAUGUUGGCUUUUGGAAUGGAAAUAAAAUUUUGAAUUUUAAA